AUGGCCAUGUACAAGAUUGUAGUUCUGGGCGAAGGCGGCGUGGGCAAGAGCGCGUUGACGAUUCAGUUCACGCAGAACUACUUCGUGAAGGAGUACGACCCCACCAUCGAGAACUCCUACCGCAAGCAGGUCACCAUCUCCGACGAGGUCCACAUGCUCGACAUUCUGGACACGGCCGGUCAGGAGGAGUACAGCGUGAUGCGGGACCAGUACAUCCGAUCAGGCGGUGGCUUCAUCUGCUGCUACUCGUCAUUUGAGGCGAUGCACGACUAUCGCGAGCAGAUCCUGCGCGUGAAGGACUCUGACACGUAUCCGAUGAUCCUGGUGGGCAACAAGUGCGAUCUGCCGGACGACCUGCGCCGAGUGAACACCUCCGACGGCAAGGAGCUCGCCAAGAAGUUCAACUGCCACUUCUUCGAGACGUCCGCCAAGACGCGACUCAAUGUUGAGGAGUGCUUCGAGCAGCUCGUCAAGGAGAUGAAGUCCUGGCGGGAGAAGAAGAACAACAACACCUCCAGCGGCGGCAUGGCGGCGUCGCCCAGCAGCGGCAAGAAGUCGUGGGGACAGAAGCUCAACAAGAUGAUGGAGGGCAAGAGCUGUGUGCUUCAAUGA